UAGAUUUUCAACCGGUACUUGAGGACAAUGGCGACUCGCGGCAAGCCGAGCGUGUUUUCAGCCUUUAACCAGCUGCGCGUAAGCGAGGACUUUGACUCAAACGACGGAAGCGCUGAGGAGCGACAUCAGGAGCGCAAGGAGAAGCAAAAACAGAAGAAAAAGUCGCGCAACAAAAAGAAGAGCAGUGACUCAGCACAGCUCAAGGACCUAGCGUUUGUGUCCGUGUCCAAACCAAAGAAGAGCAAGAACAAAAAGAACAAGUCGGCGACCAAUGUGCAGCCCCUGUCCCCUACUGGAUCGACAGGUGAAGAGGUGCCAGCUACCAACAGCGGUAGGGAAGCGAAAGAGGAGGCGACCGAGCCAAUGCGUUCGUUGGCAGCCAUGAUAAGAGCGACUUCUCAGCCCCAGAAGACCGCCACAGUGUGCAAUGGUGUCGAGAAGAACCCACAUGCGGCAGAUCAGCAACAACAACACAAGAAGGCCACGUCUCCUCCAAAGCAGCAACAGCCUCAACAGAAACCGCAGCAGCAGACUGCAGCGCCACCACAGGCUCCUGUUGUCGCGCCUGCAGCUAGCGUAGUGCAGUCGUCGUCAGAGACGGAGUUGGGCGCUGUGUAUGCGCCUUCGCAUAUUACGAUCACUCGCGUGGAUGGACAAAUGAAGCGCACAGUGGCGGUGACGGAGGUUAUGGAUCAGCUGCUUCGCUACACUCAACAGAACGCGCAACUUCUUAUGGUGCAGGAGCAGCUUGGGCAUGCGAACCGCAAUCUACAAGACCAAUUGCAGAGUAGUGCCGAGAUCAUUAACGGUCUGCAGAAUGAAGUGACGAUGUUCAGGCAAAUGUGUCUAAACUUGCAGGCCGAGGUAUCGCUACUCCGUUCCAGCACCACCGUGUCGACCGCCCCAGAUGCUGGUAGCAAUCCCCAGCCACAGCAUCAUCGCCCACCGCCUGGCAUGUCCUGAGCUCGGAGACAUCGUAGAAACUGAAGCAACUUUACGUGACCAAGGUAUGCGACCAACCACAUAACACCCGUUUCCCAAUAGAAGCGGAUCUUCAACUCCGUUAA